GCACAAGACAAUUAUUUCCUAACAAGUUAUCGCUUUUUAUCAUCCACCCACUUAGCAUUUAUCGAUAAGCCGUCGUUCUGUACAUUUUUAGCCGGCUUUGCAUUCUGCUUUGUUAAGUUUAACUUAUUUGGAAAAUUUAAACAUUUAUUGCAAAAAAUAAUAAUAAGUGAUAUACAGUACAUGUAAAUAGAAAACUCAUACAAUGGCUACGCUACCGCCACGCAAAAAUCUAACACCAACUCGUAUUUCCAAACAGCAUUUAACACCGCUACAAACUUUAUUACAAAUGGGCUUCCAAAAACAUAGGGCAGAAAAAGCUUUAGCCUCUACAGGAAAUCGUGGUGUACAAAUAGCGUCCGAUUGGUUAUUAGCUCAUGUCAACGAUAAUACUCUCGACGAAUGUACGCCACGAGAAUAUAUUCUGUAUGCUUGUCCAACUGGACCGUUCUUACAACAGCUUGAAGAAUUUUGGAUAAAAUCUCGUAUGAUGUGCGGCUGGAAUGGCGCUCAUAAUUACGUACCACAUAUCACUUUAGUAUCAUUUUUUAAGGCACCCGAUGAGUGUUCCCUACAGUUAUCUAAAGCUUUAAAACAAGUUGUUGAUAUGACUGGCGCUCUAUUGGAUCGUCCCAUCAAAUUGGAAUUAUACGUUAGCCAGAAUUUUAUGGGUUUCUUUGUCGCCGAAGAUGAUGCUAACUAUUUGAAACGUCUAGCCUUGCAAUACGUAAAAGAAGUGUCCAACUCAAUAAUUAGCGAUACUUAUGAACAACUUGAUGCCAUAGUUGCUUGCUUCCCUUGGUGUGGAGCUGUUUCAUCGGGUAAUCGUUGUAUACCGCGUAGCAGCCGCUCAAUUUCGUUGGAACCUCACGUGAAAUCGCUGCACCUGACUUUAGCGUAUCAAUUUCCGCAGAAUCAGUUUAAUACACUGAAAUCGCUGGUGGAAUCAUUAGACGCUUCAUGUGCCUCCAAUUGGGAAUUGCGUUUAUAUUCACGUGACCCCAGAUUGGCUACAAAACAAGUACACAAGGUCGUCUAUCCCCAUAGUCCACAUGAAAUCGAUGAACUUGAAUUACGCAUCGGUGACUACAUAUAUUUGAGCAGUGACGCAGUUGAUAAUUCAUCGGACGGUUGGGCUGAAGGUAUAUCUUGGUUAACCGGCAGCCACGGUCAUUUACCAGUUAAUUAUACUGAACGUACAGCUGAAUCAGAUGCUUGGACCUUGCAUCGUGUAGUGCAAUUAUCGAAAUCAAUAACGCCAUCAUUAUCAUCAGCAGAGGAAAUAGAUAUUGUAGAUGGCCAUAGCAUUUCAACAGAAGCGGAAGAUCAACCUCAUCGCGAUUCUACGCAUAGAUGGAAAAUGAAGAAUGUGUAUACAUUUUGUCAAAACGCUUGCAACACCGUUGGUUUACAUACUGAAUUAAUUGAAGGUACGUCCUUUAAUGAGGAUUCAGAACAAAGUGUUGAAAAGUAUUUGCGAAAAACAUUAAGACCUUGCUUGGAUUUAUCAUCAAUUAAUCAACACAAUCAAAGCAAUUUACAACAACAAACCACACCUUUAAUAGAAAUAACUAGUAUGUCUUCGCCGAAUGCAAACGAUAUCAAAGUGGAACCAAUGCCUGCCACUGCUCCAAAAUCUGAUGACACUUUAAGCCAACAUUCAGCCGAUAAUUCCGUUUCAAUAUCAUCAAAUCGUAAUCGUCGUAUUUAUAUUAUGCGUCACGGUGAGCGGGUAGAUUUUACAUUUGGCACUUGGAUCCCAUAUUGCUUUGAUGAAUUCAAUAAUUACAUGCGCAAAGAUUUAAAUAUGCCGAAAACAUUGCCGAAAAGACAAUACAUUCCGGAAGGUUGGCAAAACGAUUCACCUCUAACAAAUAUUGGUUUGUAUCAAGCCCGCUUAAUAGGUGAUGCUUUAGCAGAAGCUCGUGUUCAAAUUGAUCAUGUUUUUUGUUCGCCAGCUUAUCGUUGUAUUCAAACAUGUACAAGUGCUUUAGAAGGCCUUAAACUCAUUGGUAAAACACAUAUAAAACUAGAACCUGGUUUAUUUGAAUGGAUGGCUUGGUAUCCAGAAGGUGUGCCCGAUUGGUUAACCAAAGAUGAAUUAACUGAGGCUAACUUUACUAUAGAUCAUGACUAUCAGCCAUUUAUGACGAUCAGCACAUUAAACGAGGCGAUUAAAGAAACGACUGAAGACUUUUACACCCGUAAUUAUCAAGUUUUAAAGAAAAUUAUUGAAAACACAAUUGGGAAUAUUUUUAUUGUAGCUCAUGCAACGACUUUAGAUACUUGCACACGUCAGUUAAUUGGGGAAGCGCCACGCAAUACGAAUGAAUUAAGGCAGGUGAUUCAUAAAAUUCCCUACUGUAGUUUGGCAAACGUUGAAGAGAUUGAUGGUCAAUGGAAGCUCGUAGAACCGGAUUGCUUGCCGGUAACACAUUCAAAAAAUCCACGCUUCGAAUGGAAUGCUUUAACAGCCACAUAGUGCAAGUGUUUCGAAGAUUUUCUAAUAAAUUUACCCUGUUAGAAUAGUUCAAGAGUAUAAAUUAAAUUUUAAAGUUUAGACUGUAUGUUAGUGCCCUCGCCUACCACACGCCGUUCUUCUCCUCUCCGUGCAAAUUCCUUGAAAAUUAUACAAAUGCAUAUUUAAAAAGUGUAGUAUUCUUAAAAGCAUUUUUGAAACUUAAAUAGUUCUAAUUA